AUGCGCAGCAAGAGCCACGACCGCGACAAUCCCUACUACUGCGAUAUUGACUCGGGUCCGGAUUCAACAAAGGACUCCAUCCGUGAACUUAAAGAGAAGUGCACCUGUAGGGGUAGAGGUUUUAACGCGGAACUGAGUCUCAUCGAGCUGGAGAACCGAGAGCUGCGGAUGAAAAUUAGGCGUUUAGAGAAAGAACUUGCUGAUAAGGAAGCCGAGCUAUCAGUAGCAAGAAGCCGAUUCUUCAGUGAGUUGUCUUCGGACGGCCCGUCCCGUCGCGACGAUGUGGAGCACUACAGGCAGGCGGCCAUGCAGGCUGAACGACUGCUUGAAGCCAGGGAAGCCAGCCAUCGCCAGCAAAUUGUUCGCCUCGAGAACCAGGCUGCCCAGUUGCGAGCACAGUUGGCGGCAGAGCUGCGGCGCAGGCAGGCGUACGUGGCGCGCAGCGGGCGCGCGGCGCGAGACGUGCAGCGCCUGCGCACCGCGCUCGGUGACUCGCUGCGUGCCGUCGCACAGAGUGCACAGUACGUAGCGUGUGACAUCAGUGCUUGCGCACCGCGCUCGGUGACUCGCUGCUGCAGUCACACAGGUAGUGUCGUGUGUAGUGUACGGAGUGCACAGUACGUGGAGUGUGAAGACCCUGCUCUGGACUCCUAUACGCUGGAACACGAGGCGAGGAAACUGGACAACACGCUCACCCAUAGCCUGCCGCCUCUCAACGACAGCUAUGACUCCUCGAAAUAA